CUAUCAAGACCUGCGGGCAAGUCCUAAAAGUAGCUUUGAUACGUCCUGGGAGAUAUUUAUGUUUUUUUCCCCUCUUUUUUUCUGAUGAAGACUACUUGGCCUGAGAUGCGUUACAACAGGAGGUAACAGUAUGACUCACGCGCGCGGGAACGAAUAAAACGGUGGAGUCGCGCGCUGAAUCUCAACAAAUCACACGUGUCCUCUCCAAAGGUCACCGCGGAUGGGAUUUAGGCGGCUGUUAUUUGCGCCAAGCUUUGAAAGGAGUGAGGACACAUCUGAGUUGACCUGGCUGUCUUUUGAUUUUGGAUAUUUUGGUGUUUCCCAAUCACUGGAUUUGCUUCACAAGUGAAUGUGAUUGUUCAGCCGAGGUGCAAUCAGAGCCGUGACAGCGCGCUUUGGUUCUUGGUCUUCAGCUCCUGUCUCUCUAGAGCGAUGGCGGCGCCGACGGCUCCUUCCUCCUCCUCCUCCUGCGGCGGCGAGCCCAACCCCAACAUGACAAAUUUACGGCCACCUGCGUCAAGCUAUGACUGGAGUGGAGUAGCACACGGGUGUACUAGAAAGCUCGGGAUGAAGAUAUGUGGAUUUUUGCAGAAGAACAAUAAUCUUGAUGAAAAGAGUCGGAUUGUGGCUUCUCUGAACGAACAAUCACCACAGAAGCUCGGUUUACAGGACUCACACUUCCGGCGUACUGAGACAGACUUCAGCAACUUGUAUGCAAGGGAUUUACUGCCUGCCAAGAACGGUGAAGAGCCUACAAUCCAGUUCCUCCUAGACGUGGUGGAAAUCCUCACCAACUAUGUGCGGAAGACAUUUGACAGAUCCACAAAAGUGCUGGACUUCCACCAUCCACACCAGCUCCUAGAGGGUAUAGAAGGGUUUAACUUGGAGCUCUCAGACCAGCCUGAGAGCCUGGAGCAGAUCCUAGUAGACUGCAGAGACACACUAAAAUAUGGCGUUAGGACAGGUCACCCCAGGUUUUUUAACCAGCUGUCUACUGGGCUGGACAUCAUUGGCUUGGCCGGGGAAUGGCUCACCUCAACUGCAAAUACUAAUAUGUUCACAUAUGAAAUUGCUCCAGUAUUUGUGUUGAUGGAACAGCUGACUUUGAAAAAAAUGAGAGAGAUUGUAGGCUGGUCAAAUGGAGAAGGAGAUGGAAUAUUCUCUCCAGGAGGAGCUAUCUCCAACAUGUACAGUGUAAUGAUUGCUCGCUAUAAGCACUUUCCUGAGGUGAAGACUAAAGGCAUGACUGCAGCCCCCAGGCUUGUGCUGUUCACAUCUGAGCAUAGUCAUUACUCUAUAAAGAAAGCGAGUGCAGUUCUUGGCUUUGGGACAGAGAAUCUGAUUCUGCUGAGUACUGAUGAGAGAGGUAGAGUCAUUCCUGCUGAUCUGGAGGCCAAGGUCAUUGAUGCUAAACGUAAGGGCUACGUUCCAUUUUUUGUGAGUGCCACAGCUGGUACUACAGUUUACGGUGCUUUCGAUCCCAUCAGCGAGAUUGCAGAUAUCUGUGAGAAGUAUAACAUGUGGCUGCAUGUGGAUGGAGCAUGGGGAGGUGGACUGUUGAUGUCCAGAAAGCACAGACACAAACUUAAUGGUAUUGAGAGAGCAAAUUCUGUCACCUGGAAUCCUCACAAGAUGAUGGGCGUUCCACUACAGUGCUCUGCCAUUCUGGUCAGAGAGAAGGGACUUUUGCAGGGCUGCAACUCUAUGUGUGCUGGCUAUCUUUUCCAACCUGAUAAACAGUAUGAUGUUUCCUACGAUACUGGAGACAAGGCCAUACAGUGUGGCCGGCACGUGGACAUCUUCAAGUUCUGGCUAAUGUGGAAAGCAAAGGGUACCAUUGGAUUUGAAAAGCAUAUAGACCGGUGUCUGGACCUCUCGGAGUAUCUCUAUACUAAGAUCAAAAACAGAGAAGGCUAUGAGUUGGUGUUCCAGGGGCAGCCUCAGCAUACUAAUGUGUGCUUCUGGUACAUUCCACCGAGCCUGCGUGGCAUGCCAGAUGAAGAGGAGAAGAGGCAGAGGCUCCAUAAGGUGGCUCCUAAAAUCAAGGCUAUGAUGAUGGAAUGUGGUUCAACAAUGGUUGGGUACCAGCCGCAAGGUGACAAAGUCAAUUUUUUCCGGAUGGUAAUUUCCAAUGCUGCCGCCACCAGGUCAGAUAUCGAUUUCCUGAUUGAUGAAAUUGAAAGACUGGGCCAGGAUUUAUAAAAGGUGCAAUGAUAUUUUAGCUGCUCCAUGUUCAUUUAAUAACAAAAUACAUCUCUGUACAAUACCGAAUAAUGUCACAAAGCAUUAUAGUUGUAAUACCAAAACAGUUGUGGCAUGGGGUUACAGUGUUGCCAUCCCUCUAAUUAUUUUUAUUCAACCACAUUGGAGUCAUGUGCCAUAUACUAAAAGUAUUUUGGGAUCAGAAUAUUAAAAAACUUGAUCGUUGUGAAGAAUUAAUUGCUUAAUGUUGAAUCAUACGAAGGUCACAAUUUCAUAACUGAUUUGUUAUAACAGUAAAAAUUAUGGCAGUUCUGAGGUUUUAAGUGAACGCUACAUUGACACUAAAUGAAAGUUUUUAUAAGUGUUAUUUAUAAGUGUUCCUAAAAGAGAAGAUAUCAUCAUCUGCAAAUUUCCAAAAUCUUUCAGUGGCAUGUGCUUAUUCACAAUGUUCUUCACACAACCUCUUCAUUCCCUCCUUAUUGUAUCUAUCAGUUAGGUAAACUGUGUGUAAUGAUGUUAUAUAAUCAACUGUUGCACAUUAAUUUCAGAUAUAGAUUUCAAGAAUUCAAUUAAUCAAAAAUCUAAUAAUUGUUGGUACAUAGUGUUGUCAAUGUGACUGAAUUUCAGUGUAUAUUUAAGCUAUUCUGUAGCACAAAUUAAAGGGACAUAAUGCAGCCAACACUAUCCUAAUAGGCACAAUAAUUGAUAUGUUUACUUGGAUCUUAAGUACUUUAUGUAGAUUGUGUACAUUAUAGUUAUAUGGCCUUUGUGAUUAAUGUCUUACAUGGAACUAUGUAAUGCAUUACAAUACAUAGUUUUACUUUGACACGUUUAAAUAGAUUCAAAUUGAAAAAAGAAUUAUUUUCUAAAGAUUUUAUUUAUAUGAAAAGAUGUCUUUGUGUGCAUUUGUAGGGUACCAUUAUUUGUAUUCGAGCGAAUCUUAACCUUAGUGUUUUAAAAUGUUUUAGAAAUAUUAGCAUAAUCAUUAACCAAAGACCUAGAAGGAAGUGAUUUUCAUUUAUCAAUCAAUUUUAUCUGUACUAAACAAUGACCUAGGUUAAUUGAUCGGUGUGUCACAUAAAGUUAACAUGAGCACAUACAUUGUAACUUUACUGCAAUCAAUGUGGUGUAGCUGUGAUUACUAUACUUAUGGUUAUAAGUACAUAAUGAAUGUUCUAAGUAAAUUGUCUAGUUCUAGUCAAGUGAAAUGGAAAUCAGUAAAGAGCAGUGCAUUCUAGCUAAAAUUGCUAGUACUUAGUAAGGGAAGCACAACAAAAUUGUAUCCCUUAAAAUACAUGUACAGUGUUAUGUACUUUACGCAUAUUAUGCAAGAUUUUUACUGACAUCUUAGUAAGCACAGGACUAUUUGUCCAGUCAUAGAUCAAGCCAGUUUUAGCGUUAGUGGUGAUUAUCAAAUGUGGUUUGUUUGUUUGUUUGUUUGUUUGUUUGUUUGUUUGUUUGUUUGUUUGUUUGUUUGUUUUUUAUUCAAAUGUUGAAUCUAAUGAAUCAAUGUUGCUGGGACUGGGCUUAGUCUGUGUUCGGAAAAAAAAGAGCCGAAGGGUUCAAUUCCUAGAGGUAGGCAAAGGUCAUGCUUACAUUUCUUGCUCCAGGUAUUUAAUGUGUGUAUGAGGUAAGAUUAUGCAUUAACAGUCAGUGUUUUUGCAGACAAAAUGCUGGGUUAAGACAGGCACUUUAAACUACAUUCACACUAAGUGAACUUGUGCAGAACUGAUGUUUAAAUACUGCAAAUAAAACACUUGAAACCAA